CAUCCCUGCUUAUAUAAUUAAGCUAAUGCCAUGGCCAUCAUCUGCUCCACCAAGAAGCAGAAACCUGUGAGAGACGACCGAAAGAUGAUAGGGGGGCGGGAUGUGAUUAAGGUGAUCGAAGCAAUGACACCGCUCUAUGUCGCAGUCGGCCUCGGCUACGGCUCGGUGCGAUGGUGGCAUGUCUUCACCCGCGAGCAGUGCGAGGCGAUCAACCGCCUCGUCGUCUACUUCACCAUCCCCUUCUUCACCUUUGAGUUCACCAGCCACAUCGACCCUUUCACCAUGAACUACCGCGUCAUCGCUGCUGACGCCAUCUCCAAGCUCCUCACCGUUGGCGUCCUGGCUGCAUGGACCUGGUGCAGCAGCAGCUCCAAAAGCAGCUACAGCUGGGCCAUCACCAUCUUCUCACUCUCCCAGCUCACCAACACCUUGUUGGUGGGCGCGCCGCUGCUGGACGCCAUGUACGGGAGAUGGGCGCAGGACAUCGUCGUGCAGCUCUCCGUGGUGCAGGGCAUCGCGUGGAUGGCGCUGCUCCUGUUCGCGCUCGAGAUGAGGAAGGCAAGUGGUGCUGCCGGCUUUGCUCCGGCAGCUAUCGUAGCUGGCGCUGGUGGCCAGGUGGUGGCACCUGAACCGCAACAAGCAACGGACGUGGAGUGCAACACCGACGUCGCUGCACGUCCUACGUUAGGAUCACUGAUGAAGACGGUGUGGCUCAAGCUCGCUCUCAAUCCCAACAUAUACGCCAGCGUUCUCGGCGUCAUUUGGGCUCUCAUAGCAAACAGGUGGCACUUCGAGAUGCCGCGAAUCAUGGAGGGAUCGGUGUUGGUGAUGUCCAAGGCCGGGACAGGGAUGUCCAUGUUCAGCAUGGGGUUGUUCAUGGCUCUGCAAGACAAGAUUGUCGCAUGUGGGCAGAAGCUGAGCGCGUUCGGCAUGCUUCUAAAGUUCAUCGCAGGGCCGGCGGUUACGACGAUCUGCGCCGUCGCCGUGGGACUUCGUGGUGACCUCCUGAGGGUGGCGAUCAUACAGGCUGCACUGCCUCAAUCUAUCUCCUCCUUCAUCUUCGCAAGAGAAUAUGGAUUGCAUCCUGAUGUGCUCAGCACCGCAGUCAUUUUUGGAACGCUUGUCUCCUUGUCGGUGCUGAUAGCAUACUAUGAAGUUCUUGGUUUACUGAGCUAGUUCAGAUUCAACUCAUGUAAUUUUCCUUUUGGCAAAGUCUGCAAUUUUUGUUUUAGUUUUGCUUCACGUUUUGUAUCUGAUGAUGGAUGGUGACAAGUUUAUAAGAUCAUAACAUCAUCUUUAGUC